AUGACCUCUGCGUUGGACUUAUCUGCACAAUCACCACCACAGCAGCGACACGUACACAGCGACCUCGGCCAUACCAGCAAAUGCUUAACAGAGAUGAUCCUCACCUUCCGGACAAAACAGCCAACAAUAGUAUGCCUUAAGAAACUUCUCAGGCCAACAUCUCUCUCCAGC